GUGUGUCUAUAUAUAGUGAAGCGAUGUGACUGAGCUGGCUGUUGGUGUCAGAUUCCAGGCGCACUCACACAUCCUGGCCUGAUCAGCAUCUGCUGCUAACUAUAGACCCACCACCCCCUUGUGAGGUACCUCGCCCUAGCUUGAAUAGGAACACUAAUGCCCAUCCAAACCUCACCCUGGGGAAAGAAAGCUUCAGGCUGCUUGCUGCAAAUACUUUUCCUGAUGCCAGUUCAGAGAGGCAGGGCAGGAAUAGAGAUGAGAGCAUUAGUAGAUGUAAUGUGUCUGAGGGGGUUCAUCCUCUUUCCUUUUUCCAUUCAAAUCUGAUACAUGGCAACGUCUUUGACUUACUGAGGCUAUCCAGCCAGCCUGGCACUGGCAGACUGGAUUCAGCUGAGCCGCUUGGUCCUGGAUACAGCACAUGAGGGACUGUUUGUUGAAUGAGAGGACAUUUUUGCAACACUGAGGAACUAAAUGUUGUUUGGAAAGAGUAAUCAGUGGCCUAAGGUACUGAGAGGAGUACCAUCUCUGAAACCACCUGCCUCUGUGACAUUUUUGGAGUUGACAGCGAGUCGCUGUCCCUCACCAGCAACCCUUCUGUAGGAGCUUUUGUCCCUUCCCAGAGGGACGUGGAAGCCACACCUGCUGCAUUGCCUCAGGUGGAAGACCUGAACGACUCCUCUGGCUCUUACCACACUGCGCAGGGCUCCAGUGAAGAAGAGGAGGGCUUUGAAGACUCCAGAGAAAGAGUUUACUGCCCUGGAAAACAAAACACGCUUUUAGAAGGGAGGCAUUUAGAGAAUAACGGACAGAGCCAAGAGCAUCUUCUAGCUUUUCAGGGAAGUGGUUCAUAUUUAGAACCUAAAUGUGUGACAGUAAUACACCGACCUGACUCAAGCCCCCCACUAUCAGUGACGUCAUCAUCGGUGACCUCAACAUCCCACGGCCUCAACAGGGGUGAGAGCACACGCUCUCCUGGAUGUUACAGCUCAAGUCCUCUAAAUCCAAAGGGAAGACUGUCAUCCUUACCAUCCUCUUCAGCUGAUAGACUUUCAUCCUCAUCCUCACCAUCAUCACCUGGUCUGAAGGAGAGUUACUCAGAAGUUGAACAAAGGAGAAUAACACCUUCACUUACAGACAGACAGAGCAGCCCCUCAGACCGGUCUUUAACUUCACUUCUGUCCCUUCCACAAGACUCACCUGAGCUAAGAGCCAACCCUGUCAGUGGACACAGCAGUCCAUCAGCUGAUCUCACACAGCUGUCUCACAACCAUACCGAUUCAGAUCUUGAAUUGAUAACAUCUCAUUUAUUUUCACUCAGUGGUUCAGAGUCUAACUCACCCUUAGGGGACGUCCUGAUCUCCCCCGAGCUCAGAGGAACUCCCCCUCUCUUUGAUGCUCAAGCGCCAUCUCCUUUUCCUGAGCUGGGAGGGAGGGUCUCCCUACCUGAUAUCUUUAGCAGAGGCUCUACGCCUGAUUUUAAAGAGUCUGCUCAAAGUACUGAAUUGAUUUCUGAUCUUUCUUCUACAGGAAGAUCCCCAACAUCAACCCCUGAAAGCCAAGAUCUAACGUUAUCAGUCGAAAGAGACAGCUUCAUUCCUACAGCCAGACCCUCUCCUGUUAUCUCAGCACACACAUCUUCUGUCUCACCAGGAAUAAGAAGUACAAGUACCUCACCUGGGCUAGUCAGUCAAGCUCCUGAUCCUUUUGCUAGCAGAGAAAACAGUUCAACACUUCCUGAGAUCAGGACCCCCGAGCUACUGGGAGUAAGACAUGGUAGCUUUUUUGUGGAUCACAGAUAUAUUCCUCCCUCACCGGAGAUCAGGACCACAGCUGCUUCACCUCAUACCAAAAUAAAAGAGAAACAAUCUCGAGUGAAGCCAGGAUCACAGUCUCACCCCUCUGCCUCACCAGGAAGCCUCACUUCCUCUCCUCAUAUUACAGGAAUCUGUUGUUCCAUUGUUCCGCCUGAGGACAGAACCAGUCCUCCUUUCCCAGAACUUCAAAGCAAUUCUUUGUCGUCACAAAUGAGCAAAAACAGGGUAGAGUCCACUGGUACUGCUCAACACUCAAUCCCAAGCCCAGUUUUGCUGCCUGAAGACAAUUAUUUACCUCAGGCCAGAAAUCAAACACCUUCCUGUCAGCCAAAUCCUCUAAAUCCUUCAUCUGAACCUGGACAUCAAACCCCAGCCUCUGUUGAGGCGCAGCAGAGUCCUUCUUCUCAGCAGAGACCUCGAGGUCCUUUCCCUGAAGCUUGUGUUUCUGAGCAGAUGUACCAGCAAUCACCACCAACACUCUCCACCAAACAUAAUCCCCUCACUUUUGUAAGCAGCACACCUGAGAUUAAAACAAUUGGUUUUCCUGGAGAUGUCACACAAACACAGUGCCCGAAAAAUAUGGAUGAGGACAGCAUGCCUCCUUCAUUUCAUUCAGACAGACGCGUGACAGAAGCAUGGGCUGAUUUAAACAUCAGCUCACCAGUGGGCAGGUGUCCUUCUCCUACACACGUGUCAUCUAAUAAAAGUUUAGCCGGCUCACUGCAACACCAAGCCACAGAAACAGAGGAGACCAGAAAGAAAGCUCACGGUCAGGAUAGAACAAGUGUCGCUGUCUCUGCUGAAGAACAACAAGGCAGUCGGUCUCCCGUGCUGCAGAGCUCGAAACGAGAGCUGGUGUCCAGUGUUGUACGUGAGAACAGAGAGAGGGUCACACAAGACGUGUCCCGUCGAGGAUGUAGGUGGCGGACUCCCUCUCCACCCCUCACCAGGUUCACACCUGUCCACAUUAUUGCACCUGAGAAGCCAUCCAGACAGUGGCAGAAGACCAGCCAUAGCCUCCCUCAGGUGUUAUCGUCCUCACCAAGUGGUCGUUUAAAGAAAGGGGCAACAAAUAAGGAAAGCAUCAAUGUGGUCCCUGAUGACAUGAAUAGCCAGGCCCACUGGGUCAGAGCAGAAAAGCAACUAGAGAUGGACAGGGAAAUGCUACCGAAGCAGGGAAGAGAUGCAGUUGUCAAAAAGAAAAUGGAUAGGGGGAAGGACAGAAAGACAGAAAGAGAGGAGAAGGCUCCUGGAGGUGGGGAGGGUUGGCAGGGGGUUGCCAGUUCCAGAGGGGAACAGGCUGAGCUGUCAUUCAGUGCCAGGAAUAGAAAAGGACCUGUGAGUGAAAGUGCAGCUCCCACAAGCAGUGAGACAAGUCAGGGACUGCCACCAGCACGUGCUUACUCAGAAAGCCCGCCUGAGAAGCAACAGCUCCAGCAGCAACAGAGUCUCCUUAAAGCUUCCUCUCAGCCAGACUCCAGCGGUGGCAGCACCAGCAAGAAACGCCACCCUCCGGCAUCCCAGAGCAGGGGUGGUGCUCCUCGAUGCUCAGCAGCAAGCAGGCCCUGUCGGAGUUCCAGCUCCAGUAUGGGAAGUGAACUUGAUGCAGACAAUGAGGUGAAGUGGUUGACAGAUGUGGCGUUUCGCAGCCUGUCGAGUCCUGAAGUAGAUUACCUUGACAUGCACAACUCCAGCCACUGUUCAUCCACGAACAUCUCUCAGCCGUCCACUCAGGAGAGCCCGGCUGGGGUCAGCGCAGCCUGGCUGGCCUAUGCCGAUUUCAGAGAUUCAGCAUCAAAGCUCGACCAUGAUGAACUCUCCUUUCAGCAACCAGCUACACACCAUUCAGAGGGCCUAGAUCCAUCAAGGCGAAGCGAGUUGGGCAGCUUUGAAUGCAUAGAUGUUUCUAUUGACAGAGAAGAUUGCAGGAAGGUGAGAAGAGGAGUGCCAAAACGACAAAUUCAGCUAAAAAGAAGGAACAACGCUGAAAGAAAAAAGGAUGAAAUCAGUGGAAAUAGCAGCCCGGGAGUACCAGCGAUGGUGGAAAGCCCCUCUCAGGAGAAUCACCUCAGAGGGUCUUUUGUGAGACAGCACAGCACACCAGCAGCUAUGCAAGAAUGGUUUCCUUCUAGAAGCAGCUCUGAACUUAGUCAGCAACAGGAGAGGCAGUCCAACCUCCAAAAAUCUGCUUCUAUGGAUGAAACAUGCUGCAAAACACGGAUGGCGUCUUGUCUCAUCAAAAAUGUCUUAUCAAAGAAGAUGCCAAGCUGUGACUGGCAACCUGAUCACGCCAGGGAAGAGGUGAGCCCACCAACAGAGUGUGUGGCAGUAAUGUCUGGAGAGUCCCUAAAACCAGACUCGAGGGACCCGAGUUCCAGUCUUCAUUCUGACCACAGCCUUUCGUCUGAGAGGCGUCCUGUGAGGGAAGAGCCAAGCACAACGCAACCAGCCAAACCCAAGAGUUCUGGAGCGAGCUCAAGUAUUCAGCCCAGCUCCUGCAGCGGUGGCAGAAGUGUUAGCUUUUCCCAGGCUGACAGAGAAGAACCUGUUCCUCAAAGCAGAAAUGCAAAACCACAAGAAUCAGAAAGUCAAUCUGAAUGUAACGCGGCUUUUCAAACCAAGAAGUCUCAGACAGAGUUGCGUCAAACACACAAAAAGGAGGCAGACUUAGCAGAUGCCACGGUGUGGGACACAGGAUCGUUUUCUGCCAGUUCGUCCAGCAACACCCAGACAAGAGAGGCAAACAGAGACCAGGAACGUGAAAACACAGAGUCUGACAAAUGUACCUCAAAAACACGGGAGGAUCCAUCUAGAGCUGUGGAGAAAACCAGAGCCUUUCUAAACGUCUGUCUGACACCUGACGCAGACAUCAAACCUAGAACCUUCUCACCAGAUGUAUCGCUCAGAGAACAGGAGGAGAACAUGAAGAACAAAGCUGAGGGGGAAGGGCCUGAGAGGGAUCAAGCCAAGUCUCCUAUUCACAGAGUCAGAGAUGUAAGGAGGCUGGUGAAAAAUACAUACAGCCUGUCCUUCAAGGCUGCUAGUGCCACAAGCCCAUCAAAUGUUCAGCAGGAACAUGUUGAAAACCUGAAUGAGGAACUGAAAAAACAUGCCUCGGCGCCUGAUGAGAGGGCUGUGAUACCGGGGAUGAGGAAGGAAGAGGAGAAGGAAAGAAAAGAAGAGCUCUGGACAGAAAGGAAAGCGGACAAGAAAGAGAAGGUAGAAGAUUCGGAGUCUCUGUCCGCUCAGAACAAAACAGCUUCCCUCUCCGGUCUUCAGCGGAUGCAGAUAGAGUACAAAGCUGUCUGCUGUAAAGACGAGAAAAACAAAACCAUCAGAACCCAAAAGUCCACACAGGAAGUUCAGUCCUCAAACACAUCAAACCUGACAACCACAUCUGAACCUGAUGCAGACAUUACAGCAGGAACACCACGGACUGUGACAGAGACUCACAACGACAGCAAGGACAAGCCUGUGGUUACUGGAGCAGACCAGACACCUGCCAUGCUGAGAAGCCCCCUCAAACCUCCGGGUAAAGACAGAGAGGUGUCCACUGCUGUGGUGUUAAUAAGAGACAAACCAAACACAAACAACAUCACUGCAUCUUCAACUCAGGAGGAGACGUUUCCCUCAAUCCAGGUUCCAGCUCCGACAUCACCCAGGCCCACUAUCCCUGACAGCAUGUUUGGUAGCGGUGGUCACUCCGUCUCCAUGCUGCUAAAAGAGAAAGGCUAUCAAGCAGACAUCGGAUCGGUGUUGAGUGACAAUCAAAACACAGCUGGAGCUAAAGGAGCUCCUCCUAAGCAUGUGAACUGUCUGGAGAUCCCUCUUCAGUCAGCUCUGUCUUCAGGUGAAGGUUUGCUUGAGUCUCACAGAGAGGGGGCAUUUCCUCCCUCAGCCACCACCUCUGAACCCUCAGUAGAAGCUGAAAGCACAGACGUUCCCACGAAGCCCAGAGAAGAUGAGGAUGCCAGCAUUAAGCUUCAGGGGAAAGAUACCACGAAACAAGAACUGCACACACACCAGCAAACACUUCCUCUCGCCAAGCAAACACAUCUGGGAGGCUUUCAGUCAGUGAGAAGAAUAGAUCUGAUUUUCCCGCCAAGAUCCCCUGCAAUAAAGAAACUCCACCCACAUUCGUUUGAGGAUAAGUCACCAUCUAAAGAAGCACAGAAACAAGAAAUGCCCACCGGCUCAACAGAAAGACACAGGCCUCAAACUAUCGAGCUGAAAUCUGUUUCUAAAAAUUCUCAAAAACCGGCUGUUCCUCCCAAACCAAACUGCAAGUUUAAGCCUGCAGAUACAGGAUCCCUGUCCAACGAAGCACAGAGAACAUCAGCAACAUCAUCAUCACCUGGAAAAUCACAAAGUGAGGAGAGGCCUCAAACGAUUGUUUUGAGUUCACCCACAGUCUAUAGAAAGAUUUCCAGUGAGGCUACGUUGACAUCAAACUACUCAAGAAAGCUGAUGGUGUCAGCCAUGUCGAGCCUUAAAUCGCUCCCUCACAGAACAGUAGCUGCUCCAGACUCCAGUCAAUCAAACCAGUCUGCUCCAGCCACAGACACAGAAGGGUUCUCUGACCAAGUUCAGCAUCAACAGCCUGCCGUUUCUCCUCAAAGCUCCAGAAACCAUUUCAAACCUUCAGCCUUAGCGACAGCGCCAGCCACUGACCUGGCUGUAACACCAGAUCCAAGUCUGGUUCUUGAUCCAGAACUAAACCAAGUCUGUGGAGUGGCCACAUCUGGAGCCGUGAAUCCAGACAGUCAGCUGCAGUUUUCCAGGGCAGGUUGCUCUCAGGAUCAAACUAAGCUGCAUACUUCAAACAACAUGAAACCACUCAGUGGUGUUUCCACAGCACACGUACAAAGAAAUGCUCGUCAGCCGUUCAACGGAUCGCUCUCUGAGCGUGUCCAAAGGUCAGACGAUAGGUGUUUUAAUGCAUCAGAUGACCCUCCUAGCUAUGAUGAAAGAGAGAGCUUCAGCCCACUCUUGCUCCCAGACGUGCCCCCCCCAAGAUCAAAUCACUAUAAUGCAUCUUACCGUCCUGCUCCCUGUUCCUGCACAGCCGGGCGCCCAACUCACUUUGGUCACAUGUCUCCUCUUCAUCACAGCAGCCCCCAUAACAUUAGCCCAUCAGCCCGAUCGCACUCUUCUGGCCUGACACUCCCUUAUCAAAUGAGCCUACCUCCUCUCCACCCCCACCAGUGUCGACCUGAUCCUCAGCCAAUAAAUUACCAACCAAUCUCUCCCAAAUCAAGCCCCCUUGGUCCAAAUCAACCACCAUCCAUGCAUCAACCUCUACACCAAUCUGUUCCCUGCCCUCUCCACCCUUCAUUCAUGCAGGCCUGCUCAGCUGACCGCUCACUGCCACCGCCCCAGCACAUUGGCCCUCGAAGACCCCCAAUUCACAGAUCUACCCAUCAGCAGCUACCGAACAUCUCUGGCACGCCCUACAGUGAUCCUGGCCACAGCCACUCUCCUGGUCUUCAAACCAUAGAUCCUCAGUAUUUGUGUGGCCCUCAACCUGUGGGAUCUUCUUGUGGCUCUGAUUAUGGUGGUGACAGCUCUAGUUUGUAUUCAGAAAGUAGCUAUGGACAGACACCACGCAGAGUGCUCAUGGAUCCUGAAACAGGAAAGUAUUUCUACAUCGAAGUGCCUGUGCAACCUCUGCGAAAAAUGCUGUUUGACCCAGAAACUGGCCAGUAUGUGGAGGUGCUCAUCCCACAUCCAGCAAUGUCCCAUUCAGGCCUGUAUCCUCCCUCUGCAGUGCCAGUCCCACCUCUUCAGGACCUCAGCAUGUAUGCCCCUGCUCCCCAGUACAUGUCCUGUUCAGCUCCUCCUCCAUUAGCCUACCCUCAAGCUCAGCCUCAGCCACACCAGUAUUCCGAUGUUGCUGCUGUAGCAAUGCAUCCAAGCAGGCCCGGGGUCAGCUACAGGAAUCCUUUAGGUCAAGGAACCAAACCAGACCCCCCAAGUCAUUCACCCAUGGACUACAGCUACCUGAAGAAUAUGUAUUAUGUCCCCACUGAGAUGAAUGCUAGCCCCAAUUCCACUCCACUAGAUUUUUACCACAAACAUCCCCCUAAUAUGCCCUUGACAGGGGGGGAGUCCUGAAAUGGAGGGCAAAGGCCACCCAUUUGAAGCCCAUUAAGUUAAAAAUACUCAAUUUAUAGAGGGGAUGCCUAAUGCUAGCUUGCGAUGUUACUCGAGUUUAGCGUUGCAACUCAAGGCUUUAGUUGUUUAUUCACUGCUGUUAUACUGUAUUUUGUGCUGAGCUGCUUUAAUUAAAUACUUUUCUGGUUGAAAGAAUUAAAAAUACACAAGUGAGUAUUUUUCUUAAUAUGUUCUGCAGGGAGGGACCUGGAAUUUUAUAUGUAGUGUAGAAAACAUGUCACGUUUAAAAGGAUACAGAAACAUCUGUACGUCUGGAGCUGUACUAGUGUACUCUUUUCUUCAGCAAAUGGGUUUCAAAACUUGAAAAUACAACACAAAUGCAAAUAAAAGAACCUUGCAAUUAUAUUAAUAACUAAUUACUACUAUUCAUUACUCUAAUAUCGGAUAAGUGAUUUUGUGCUAAUGGUGUCUGCAAUGGAACAAUGCUAAUAAAAUUGUCAGAUAUCCA